GGGGACAGCGGGACCCGCGCCUGCCAGCGCCGGGGGGCGCGGGGGGCCCGGCGGGCUCCGGGCCGCCCGUGGAUGAGCACCAUGCGGCUGCUGCUGCUCGCCCUCCUCUUCUCCUCGUCCUUCGCCCGCGCCGGCUGCGACCCUAAGAUCGUCAAUAUCGGCGCGGUGCUGAGCACCAAGAAGCACGAGCAGAUCUUCCGCGAGGCGGUGAACCAGGCCAACAAGCGGCACGGCACCUGGAAGCUCCAGCUCAACGCCACCUCCGUCACCCACAAGCCCAACGCCAUCCAGAUGGCCCUGUCCGUCUGCGAGGACCUCAUCUCCAGCCAGGUCUAUGCAAUAUUAGUUAGUCACCCUCCUGCUCCCAACGAUCACCUAACACCAACACCUGUAUCAUACACAGCUGGCUUCUACAGGAUCCCUGUCAUUGGUCUGACAACACGCAUGUCUAUAUAUUCUGAUAAGAGCAUCCACCUGUCCUUUUUGCGCACGGUCCCACCUUACUCUCACCAGGCCAACGUCUGGUUUGAGAUGAUGAGAGUCUUCAACUGGAACCACGUCAUUCUGAUAGUCAGCGACGACCACGAGGGUCGUGCUGCACAGAAGAAGCUGGAGACCCUCCUGGAGGAGAAAGAGUCCAAGGCUGAGAAAGUGCUUCAGUUUGACCCUGGGACCAAAAAUGUGACAGCGCUGCUGCUGGAGGCGAAGGAGCUGGAGGCCAGGGUCAUCAUCCUCUCUGCCAGCGAGGAUGACGCGGCCACGGUGUACAGAUCGGCAGCCAUGCUCAACAUGACGGGCUCGGGCUACGUGUGGCUGGUGGGGGAGCGGGAGAUCUCGGGCAAUGCCCUGCGCUACGCCCCGGACGGAGUGAUCGGUUUGCAGCUCAUCAACGGCAAGAACGAGUCAGCCCACAUCAGUGACGCUGUCGCCGUGGUGGCCCAGGCCGUGCACGACUUGUUUGAGAAGGAGAAUAUCACAGACCCACCGCGGGGCUGCGUGGGCAACACCAACAUCUGGAAGACAGGACCCCUUUUUAAGAGGGUGUUGAUGUCCUCCAAGUAUUCAGAGGGUGUCACCGGCCGGGUGGAGUUCAACGAGGACGGGGACAGGAAGUUUGCCAACUACAGCAUCAUGAACCUGCAGAACCGGAAACUGGUCCAGGUUGGGAUUUACAACGGCAGCAAUGUCCUGACCAACGACAGGAAGAUCAUCUGGCCAGGCGGGGAAACUGAGAAACCUCAAGGCUAUCAGAUGUCAACCAAGUUGAAGAUUGUGACCAUCCACCAAGAGCCCUUUGUGUAUGUGAAGCCCACUCAGGCAGAUGGGACGUGCAGGGAAGAAUUCACCAUCAAUGGAGAUCCUGUCAAAAAGGUCUUCUGCACUGGACCAAAUGAGACCAUCCCAGGCCGUCCCACCGUGGCUCUGUGCUGCUACGGCUUCUGCAUCGACCUGCUCAUCCGCCUGGCAGGCGUGAUGAACUUCACCUACGAGGUCCACCUGGUGGCUGAUGGUAAAUUUGGUACCCAAGAGCGGGUGAACAACAGCAACAAGAAGGAGUGGAACGGGAUGAUGGGGGAGCUGCUGAGCGGCCAGGCUGACAUGAUUGUGGCUCCCCUCACCAUCAACAACGAGCGGGCUCAGUACAUUGAGUUCUCCAAGCCCUUCAAGUACCAGGGCCUCACCAUCCUCGUGAAGAAGGAAAUCCCCCGCAGCACCCUGGACUCGUUCAUGCAGCCCUUCCAGAGCACACUCUGGCUGCUGGUGGGGCUGUCUGUGCAUGUGGUGGCAGUGAUGUUGUACCUCUUAGACCGAUUCAGCCCAUUUGGCCGGUUCAAAGUAAACAGUGAGGAGGAGGAGGAAGAUGCCCUGACUCUCUCCUCAGCCAUGUGGUUCUCCUGGGGGGUCCUGCUGAACUCUGGCAUUGGAGAAGGUGCUCCCCGGAGUUUCUCUGCCCGUAUCCUUGGCAUGGUGUGGGCUGGCUUUGCUAUGAUCAUUGUGGCUUCAUACACUGCCAACCUGGCAGCCUUCCUGGUGUUAGACCGACCUGAGGAGAGGAUCACAGGCAUUAACGACCCCCGGCUGCGCAACCCCUCGGAUAAAUUCAUCUACGCCACAGUGAAGCAGAGCUCUGUGGACAUCUACUUCCGACGGCAGGUGGAGCUGAGCACCAUGUACAGGCACAUGGAGAAGCACAACUACGAGAGCGCUGCCGAAGCCAUCCAGGCAGUGAGGGACAACAAGCUCCACGCCUUCAUCUGGGACUCGGCGGUGCUGGAGUUUGAGGCCUCCCAGAAGUGCGACCUGGUGACCACGGGGGAGCUCUUCUUCCGCUCCGGCUUCGGGAUCGGGAUGCGCAAGGACAGCCCCUGGAAGCAGAACGUCUCCCUGGCCAUCCUCAAGUCCCACGAGAACGGCUUCAUGGAGGAUUUGGACAAGACUUGGGUGAGGUAUCAAGAGUGUGAUUCCCGUAGCAAUGCCCCAGCAACACUCACCUUUGAAAAUAUGGCAGGUGUGUUUAUGCUGGUGGCUGGAGGUAUUGUUGCCGGGAUAUUUUUAAUAUUCAUAGAGAUAGCUUACAAAAGGCAUAAGGACGCGCGGAGGAAGCAGAUGCAGCUGGCGUUUGCGGCCGUUAAUGUGUGGAGGAAAAACCUGCAGGAUAGAAAAAGUGGUAGAGCAGAACCUGACCCUAAAAAGAAAGCCACUUUUAGGUCCAUCACCUCCACCCUGGCCUCCAGCUUCAAGAGACGUAGGUCCUCCAAGGAUACGCCCUGCAGAAUGGUCCCUCAGGAGUGCCAGAGAGACAGGCUGGCACCAUGGAGCCAAGACAGCCCUGGGAAGCUUCCACCCCACUCUGAACGUCCUAGCGCCCACCAUCACCCGAGCUGCACAGCCUCUCCGCGGCACAUCAUCCCCACCGCCCCAGGAGGAGAUGCAUGUGUUCCCCAUAGGCAGCUCCUGCAACUCGAGUAGCACUGGCAGAGCUGACGUGUCCAUCCAUCGCAGCCACCCACGAUACUGCAACCCCACAGACGCCAUGUGAGACGCAUAAACCACACAGACACCUCCGAGCCGGCACAUUGCGUACAGACACGAUCGAGGUGCACAGGUCCCUUAGCCCCCCGCAUCGCCAGCCCCGCAGAGCCACACUGCCAGCCCCAGCCCCAGUGACACACGGCCCACGGCACCGCCCCACGCUCAGCCCUGCGGCCCUGGGGACGGUGCCAGAGCUGGGCAACAACCGAGGGGCUUCCUGCAAAAGGUCACCUUUUCAGUGAAGGAUCAGCUGUCCCAAAGCCAAACGCUUCUUGGCUGAGAAAGAGCCUAGUUUUUGGCCCAAAAGAACCAAAAGUAGGUCAAAGACAACUUUUUUUUUUUUUUUUUUCCCUAAAGGGAACUUGAUAUUUUCUACAGCAAGAUCGCAUUUAGCUGGAAUCCUAAUUUUUAACGGAAAAAAACCCACAACAACAAACUAAAAUUCUUCCAGAAAAUCUUCCACCAGCCAGGGACUACCAUAUGAGCCCAGUUAGGUUGAAGUCAUUUUUAAAGACAUUAAGUUCUUGUCUAUAUUUUCUUCCUGGUUGUCAUUUAAAGUUUUUGGUGCCUUCACUUCACUUCCAUACCUUAACAUGUUUGAGUCUCUUCUACGGUUAAUAUUGAUUAAUUUCUUGGCUUUAUAAUGUUUGGUUUGGGGAUUAUUGCAUCAUCCCUGUAACAUAACUUACCUUAAAUUACUGAUAUGUGCUUCUAGCAUUAGUCCUACUUUAACACAGUUUUGAUAUGACCGUUUUCUUGCUUUUUAUUUUCUUUUCCUUUUUUAUUUUUAUUUUAAUUUUUAUUAUUAAAAAUUGCAUGCAUGAACUUUACACACAAAAAAAAGUAAAUGAGAAUGUUACCCUGUGAUAACUCUGUGAUUGGAGGAGAUAUGCUUUCAAAUCAAAA